AUUGUUCAAUCACUCUCUAAUAUGGAUAAUUUAAUACUAACAGCAUUUGGUCCAUUUGGCGAACACAAAAUCAAUAGCAGUACGGUAUGUUUAAAUGAAAUAAAAUCGAAAUGGAAUUUAAAUACUUUUGGCGUUAAUCUGAUAACCUAUGAGAUCCCUGUUAUAUAUGAGGAUACUAAUGAAAUAAUACACAAGUUAUGGGACAGGCAUAAGCCAAAACUUAUAGCUCAUUUAGGCGUGUCAGGGUUAGCUGAUGAAAUUACCUUAGAAAAAUGUGCCUUUAAUGGACCAUACACUCAAUGUGAUAUUAAUGGUAAAAUUCCAAAGUCAUAUUGCUGUCUUAGUGAUUAUAGUCAGGAUGCACAAUUUCAAACAGAGAUAGAUUUAGAUUUAUUGUGUAAUACCAUUAAGCUAGAAAAUGAUUCAAAUAUUCUAAAUAAAAUUUCCAUAUCAAAUCAUCCUGGGAAAUAUUUGUGUGGCUAUUCAUAUUUUUGCUCACUAUCGAUAAAUCCUGCAAGAGUACUCUUCAUACAUAUUCCAGUUAUAAAUAAAAAAUAUUCAGUUGAUGAAAUAACUCAAGCUCUAAUCAUAAUAUUUACAACUCUCCUAAAACAGAUAGAUGAAUCCUAAUUUCAUCAUUUUUAUUUAUUUAUAUAAUAUAUUUUUAUGAGGUA